AUGGAGCCAUGGCAUGAGGCAAAGGGCAGGCAAAUCCAGUACACGUCCGUGGCAGGCUACUUUCUCCAAGACGAUCCCGACACGAAUCCAAGCGGCUUCGACUAUGCUCAGCACAACUUUGGGUUGAUAGACAGGAAAUACCCCACGGACGACGAGUUUGACCCUGACGGCAUCCAGUCGCAAUGGCAGCGCUUCAGCGAGUGGGUUCAUCACCUCAACCACGACUGUGGCAAGGGCGAAAGCACCCGGUACAAGGUCGUCUUCUUUGGGCGCCAUGGUCAGGGCUACCACAACGUCGCCGAGAGCUACUAUGGCACGCCUGCAUGGAACUGCUACUGGGCUGAGUUAGAAGGCAACGGCACCAUCACGUGGGCCGAUCCGGUCUUGACUGCAGACGGCUUCAGUGAGGCCCAAAAGGCCAACAGCUUCUACAAGACGCUCCACGAGGAGCAAAGCAUGCCGCACUUUGAAUCAUACUACAGCUCUCCCCUGAAGCGAUGUCUCCAAACGGCCAACACGACGUUUGGCACCCUGAAGACGCCCCCGAAGCACCCGUUCGUGCCCACCAUCAAGGAACUCUUCCGCGAGGACAUUAGCAUCCACACAUGCGACCGCCGCUCCACCAAGUCCGAGAUUGCCGAAUUCAUGCCAGGAUGGAACUUUGAGGACGGCUUCACCGAGAAGGACGAGCUAUGGCAAGCCGACAAGGGAGAGACGCCGGUCCACCAGGUCGCCCGUAGCAAGGCCGUUCUCGACGACGUCUUUACCCACGACGGCUCUACAUGGAUCAGCGUCACGAGCCACUCUGGUGAAAUUGCCGCGUUGCUCACCGCGCUGAACCACCGGCCCUUUGGCCUGUCAACCGGGCAGAUUAUUCCGGUUCUCAUCAAAGCUGACGUGGUGCCGCCUGCGCCCUCGUCGACCACAACCGCUACUACUACCGGGUUCACCCCCGAAGCUACGUGUGAACAGCCGCCGGCCACGAGUCUUCCGGACGGAGGGUGCGUGUGUUCUAGCACUGCCUCUAAUAUUAUGCCGCUGCCGACACCGUAG